AUGCAGGCAACGGUCAGCGAAACAGCUGCGAAGACUUUUGGCGUAGACCUAAUUGGGAAAAGGAUAGAUGUCCAUGAAUGCGACAACAAAAGCUUCGAGUAUCUACUUCGAGAGUUGCUGAAGCGCACUCCGUCAUCAGCUAGGCGGGAAGUGAUCGAGAUGGCUGCUCUCUAUGAACAUCGGCUCACAAGAGGACAGAAGGCCAUUAUUCACCUCGAAGCUUUUGUUGUCGCAUUCAUGGACAUCUAUCUGCAGCACAACAGCAUUAACUCUAACGCAAUGGAGACCUGA